UUGUAAUUUAUAUUUUUUAUACUGUAACUAUUGCUUUUUAGAUUUUUGACAUGCAUUUCAGAUUAAUAAUUUUAAUUUUGUCUUUAGUCCAAUAUAAUAUUAACUUUAUAGAUUGUAUAAUUUCACACACACCAUAUUUGAGUUACUUAAUUAAUGUAGUUGAACAUAUGUGCAUUCAAAAAGGAUGGCAGUCUAUGGAAAAUUUAUAUAUAAAUCUUGAUUCAGAUAAAAAAUUUAGUGGUACAGAUAUAAUGGCACAACAAGUUGACUGCGAUAAUUUGAAAAGUAUUUUCUGUAAUAUUAUUCAUUUUUUAAACUACAGGUAUAACGAAGUGCUUUUGAUAUUCGUGGAAUUAAUAAGUAUUGUUAUUGAUAUAUGUGAAAACUUUUUAAAUGCUAAAUUAUUGUACGAUUUUUACAAUUCUACAAAAUUACUUGUUAACGAAGUAAAAAAUUCAUUAACAAUGUUUGAGAAUUUAUAUAACGCUAUGACAUUUAUUAGUUACAUAGACCUUAAAUUUGUCAUUUUAGAGUCACAAAGUAAUUUGUUCACCAUAGUUGAUGACAUUUAUGAGAUAAAAAAUCACAUGUAUUUUAAAAAAAUUCAAAAUGAGUUUCUUUAUGUUGAUCUCGAAGUAUUUCUCGAAACAAAAAAGUUCAUUGAUGAUAUAUCUAAAAUUGCAAAAAACUUUCUCCAGAAUAAUACAUUUAUUACAAAUACUGUUGAUAAAAUUGAUUUUAAAUCUAAAAUUGAAUCAGAAUAUUGGGCAAACAACACAGAUUACACAAAUUUCAUAUUUUUUAUUUAUCAUAAGAUAAAUUUAUUUUACACUGAAACUAUUAAAAUUAAUUACGAAGGUCUUGGAUUUAUUCAGUUGAUAAAUCCAACACAUCAAAAGUUUAAACCUCCUAUCGACAAAAGUAUUAAUCAAAAACUUGGAAUCAUGACACUCAAUACUUUAUUUAAUGAGGGUAGUUGGAGUUCAUUUAGUCACAUAAAAAUACAAUAUGGUGAUUUAAAAAUAAGUGCCGAAAGUGUGAUAAGAGACCAAGUGACAGAUCAUAAUAUUUAUCUUAAAAAACAUUACUUUACACAUUUGGUGAGGUGUAGAUUUUACGAAGUGCUUUUAGUUUACAAUACAUCAUUAACUGUUUUAAAUGGAUGGUGUAGAAGAGAUAAAAAAAAAAAAAAAGAUUAUUUGAAAUGUGUAACAUGUCUUUUUGACGUAAUUAAUGGUACAGUGAAAAUGUUCGAUUAUAUGAUGACAAUUAUAGAAAAAAUAAAACUAUCAACGAUUUGGCCAAAUGAAAAGUUAUUUUCUAAUUUAAUUUCAACUCACAAAUUAAUAUAUAAUUAUGUAAUUGAUCUUAAAGCUAAUAACGUAAUUCGAGAUUAUUUUGUUAACAAACCCAAAGAAGAUACUGAAAAAAUAGCUAAUGAUUAUAUUAUAAGUUUUCAAAAUGUAAGAUGUCAUUUUAUCAAUGGGUUACGUAAUUUAAAACGUCCUCAAAUGAAUCACUGUCAUUCAGAAGCUGUAAUGUUGACUAAAGAAAAUCUGGAAAUUGAAUUUCUUAAUUAUGUACAUACUGCUAACAAAGCAAUGUCAAAUGACACCCGUAUCACUAGGUAUGAUCUAAUUUUAAAAUAUUUAUGUGAAUUUUGUGAAAACUUUAUUAAAACCGAUUACGAAAAUACAGGUUUUAAUAAAAUAUAUCAAAAUUAUUUUUGGCAAUGGGCAUAGUUCAUUAUUGUUUAUCAAAUUAAAAUAUAACAUUUUUCUGAUAAAAAUACUUCUUUUAUUAUUAAUGAGAAUUAUUAUUGUACAUGAGCAAGAUAUCUUCUAUAUAAAUAAGCUUGUGUAAAACAAUAAUUGAACUUAUUUUUCAACCUAUCAUAACCUAUUAUAAACAAAUAUGUUAAUGAAAUUUUAUUUUUAGCAUUUUAUUAUUAUCUUUUUAUGCACUUAAUGUUAAUUUCCUCAACAAAACAAAAAAAAUAUUGUUAUUAAAAAAAGUUUAAAUAGCUGGAGUUUAUGACAAAAAUCAACUGCUUUUUGUAAAACAUUUAUUUUCAAUUAGGAGUUUUAAAAAUUUAUUUUUAAUUACCACAAAAUACAAAUGUGUGCGAGUCGUCUGAAGUCGACCUCUGUCAUUUGAAUAAUAUAUUUAAUAUAAUGUAUAAUAUAUUUAUAUUAUAAUAUAUUUGUUAUCAAUAUAUAUACAUAUAUUUAUAUUUAUUAGUUAAUUUAAAAAAAUUAAAUUAAAAAUGUUGAGUUCUUACUAUGUUUCUUCUUUUUCCUCUCCUUAAUCCCAACUACUUGGUGGACGAACAUCCUUAUCCUAAACUUCUACUUGAUACUAUCUCUCACAUCAUCUACGCUCACAUCAGCCGUCCACAUAUCGCAUUCAAUAACAUUUCAAAAUCUCUUCUAUUUUGAAUUUACACUUUAUUAUACGAGUUAUUUAUGUAACGAAUGGACUUAAAA